AUGGAAGACAUUGAGGCCAGCAGGCUGAAUGAGGAUACUGAGGGUGGGGUGCUAGUAUAUAAGGAGGCAUUGAUCGCCCAUGGGCUUGGCAACAAGGUAUCAGUGAUGAGCUACAGUGCCAAGUUUGCUUCUUGUUUCUAUGGUCCUUUCCGGGAUGCAGCACAUUCUAGCCCAGCUUUUGGUGACCGACGUUGUUACCAGUUGCCUCCUGGGGCUCGGGGCCUGGCUCUUCGAGCUGUGGAUCGAGAUGUCCGGGAAGGAGCCGAUAUUCUGAUGGUUAAGCCAGGGUUGCCAUACUUGGACAUUGUAAGAGAAGUAAAGAACAAGCACUCUGUCCUGCCUCUUGCUGUAUAUCAUGUUUCUGGGGAGUUCGCCAUGCUGUGGCACGGGGCCCGAGCUGGGGCCUUUGACCUCAAGACUGCUGUUAUAGAGGCCAUGACAGCCUUCCGAAGAGCAGGUGCUGACAUCAUCAUCACCUAUUACACACCUCAACUCUUACAGUGGCUAAAGGAGCCAUGAUGGAUGGAUAGUGCAAGAACUAAGAAAUUUUUUUAAAUUAAAAAAAAAAAAAAAAAAAAAAAAGAAGCCAUAGAGAAGUGGAAAGUUCUCUAAAAGAGAUGAUUCAGACUGUCCCCUUCUCCCUUCUUGCUGGACCCUGUACUCAGGGCUCCUGGCACCCACCUUCUUCAUCCUGGAAACAUGUAGUACCUUGGGGCUUUCCAGGAGGGCCCUCGGGGCCACCGCCUCCUCGGGGCACCUCUGCUUUCUGUGAUCCUGUGGAGAAGACCCCGUUGCUCCUCUGGCUGUUCCAGAUCCACCCUGCUCCUCUCACCUGGACGCUUCUCUCUAGUUUCUCUUAGAAAAUCUUUAGCUCCUCGAAUGUCUUGACCGGCUGAGAUCAGGGAGAUCUUAUCUUCUCCCAGAAUUAUUUCAAGCCAACAAAAACCAUCCAGCAAUAAGUAAACAAGGAGCGAGGGUCCCUCAGAAGAGGGACAUUGGACAAAGCAAAAUCUCUGAGAAUGAAGUGACAGCAGCGAUUGGGUACCGGACAUGAGAUGAGGCCUCCAGCAGAAUGCUUGCCGACGUCAAGUAGCAGAAAGAGCAUUAGACCCGGAGGCCGGACACCAGGAUUCAUCACUGCCCCUUUGUGGACCUCAGUUUUCCUUCUGUA